CCCGGGCGGGUGUUUGCCGGGCCCCGUGGGAGACCCGCGGCAGGCGGGCCCCGCGUUUGUUUUGGAGACGGAGAUGCUCCUGGGCUGUUAUCCCCCUCGGGAUGAGGGAAAAGCCCAGUUUAACGCACUGGGAGUGAUUUUUCUGGUCAUCCAGGGCAGCACCCUCCGCGGUGCCCCAGUCUGGUCUCCCGGCGAUUGAAGAGGGGCAGCUCUGCUCUCGACCUUACCGAGCGCAGCCAAGGCCCUGCCGCUUUCUCCUCUUCUCCCUCCGACGGGGCUGCCUGAGGAUCUUAUGGUUCUCCAGCCCAGCUGCUGCCUGCCCAAGACAAUUCCUAGGCCACCCAACCCAUGAGUGGGCAGCGGAGCAUCAAGAGGCGAUGUGGGGAGUCACACCUGGAGGGCCCCACGGGCUGUGGCCAUGGCCCCACUGCUGCCUGUGUGCUCAGCAAACUGGUGCAGCUGCCCACGCCUCCUCUGUCCAAGCACCAGCUCAAACGGUUAGAGGAGCACAAAUACCAGAGUGCCGGACGGUCCCUGCUUGAGCCCCUCAUGCAGGGCUACUGGGAAUGGUUAGUUGGAAGAGUUCCAGCCUGGAUUGCCCCCAACCUGAUCACCAUCAUUGGACUGUUAAUAAAUAUAUUUACAACUCUGCUAUUAGUAUGUUACUGCCCAACAGCUACAGAGCAGGCACCUCCCUGGGCAUACAUUGCUUGUGCUUGUGGCCUUUUCAUCUACCAGUCCCUGGAUGCUAUAGAUGGAAAACAAGCAAGAAGGACAAAUAGCAGCACUCCGUUAGGAGAGCUUUUUGAUCAUGGCUGUGAUUCAUUGUCCACAGUCUUUGUGGUUUUGGGAACUUGUAUUGCUGUGCAGCUGGGCACCAACCCUGACUGGAUGUUCUUUUGUUGUUUUGCUGGGACAUUCAUGUUUUACUGCGCACACUGGCAGACGUACGUCUCGGGGACGCUGCGCUUCGGCAUACCCUGGAUUUUGUCAGAUGUUUUGUUCCUGCCUGCAGAGGAGUGCUCAGGAGAAUGUUCUGAACUGUUUCUCUUCCUCACACAUAGAUUUGAUGUGACAGAGUCCAUGCUCUGCACAGUAGCCAUCCAGCUCCUCACGGGAACGCUGGGGCCCCGGUUCUGGAAUAACACGAUUCCAAUACUGAAUAUUCAGGUGAAAAUACUCCCAGCUCUUUGUACUGUGGCAGGAACCAUAUUCUCCUGUACAAACUACUUUGGUGUGAUCUUCACGGGUGGAGUUGGCAAAAAUGGAUCCACUAUAGCAGGAACAAGUGUCCUCUCACCUUUUCUCCAUAUUGGCUCAGUGAUCGCCUUGGCUGCAAUGAUCUACAAGAAAUCUGCUGUGCAGCUCUUUGAGAGGCACCCCUGCCUCUACAUCCUGACUUUUGGCUUUGUGUCUGCCAAGAUCACAAAUAAACUCGUGGUUGCCCACAUGACCAAGAGUGAGAUGUAUCUGUAUGACACAGCAUUCAUAGGACCAGCAUUGCUGUUCCUUGACCAGUAUUUUAACAGCUUUAUUGAUGAAUAUAUUGUCCUCUGGAUUGCCCUGAUCCUGUCCCUGUUGGACCUGCUCCGAUACUGUGUCAGUGUGUGCAACCAGAUCGCUGCCCACCUGCACAUCCACGUGUUCCGCAUCAAGGGCUGCCCCACGCACUCCAACCACCACUAGGGAUGGGAGCUGCCAGGGGGAAUGGAUGGAGGAGGAGUUGGGUUUCCACAGGAGCGGAUGAAGACUUGUAGGAGACUAAGGCUAAAAGCAGAUAAGAACAAAGUAAUUUAUAAUAAUCAAUGUUGUAUAACUUUUCUUCUUUGUUAUCAGUAACACUCCUUAACUAGUCUCCUGCCUGAGAGAGUGAAUUCCAAGUACACCCUAGUCAACUCUCCAUGUAGUCAACUUUGUUGGUUCCAAGCCUGGGAAAGCAUGCAGGAAGUAAAUGCUCUGUCUUUGUAAUUACCUUGAUUACAAAUUAAUCUCUAUAUGGUGAAUGGAUCCCCCCACCAACUGAAGUUUCUAAUGUAGUAUAAUUACAGCUGCAAUCUGACUUGCUUUUAAUUUUAAUAUUUCAUCAUCUCUUAGUGAAAUACUUGUUUAGUGUCCACUUGAAAUUUAUUUACUAAAGACCUGAGCUGGUAAAAACCCAGAGAUAUCUCACUAAGUUGUGUGGCUGCAGCAGCUGCCAGGUGGGAGCCAAGCUGGGGUGGUUUGUGCUUGUGCAUUACUGACAAAGCGGUUUCAUGCUGAACAGGGUCCUGCGAGCCAAGGGGUACCCGGCAUGCAAAAUAGUGUGGUAUCUUUGUCAAUUAAUUUUAUUUUUUUAAAUAAACAUUAUCUAAAAAGACAA